AUGCAGGAGUGUAUAACCGAGGCUAUAAAUCAAAAAGUCUCGGUACUACUUCUCCAGGAGCCAUACGUAGGAUCGAAAGCUCAUGUAAGCAGCUCUCACAGGGUUAUACAAAUGCAAACAAAUGACCGGGAGAAACCAGUAAAGUCGGCAGUUCUUGUCAUUGAUCGUAGUGUAGCUAUAAUUGAAGACCCAGAGUUAAUAGAUGAAAACAUUGUCGCGGUAAUUGUAAAGAUCGAAAGUAUGAAUCUUGGUAUAAUUAAUGUAUAUCUACAAGAAGAGAGGGACAUUGCAGAAGACCUAACAAAAAUAGCGGGAAGACUCCGAAAAAUGAACACAGACACAGUCAUCGUUGCUGGUGACUUCAAUGCCAAGAGUCCCUGGUGGGGUUGUAAGGCCGAGGAGGAGCGUGGAUCAAAAGUAGUCGAAUCAAUAGCCGAAAUGGGUCUACACGUACUUAAUGAAGGAUCGACACCAACGUUCUACACUAUCCGGAACGGGAAGCCAUACACCAGUAUCCCAGACAUUACCUUCUGUACCGACAAUCUGCUACGUAAAAUCAAGGGAUGGCGAGUAGAUCUAAAUUUUGUUACUUUAUCGGAUCACAGGGCAAUCCUUUUUGAUCUUAUGAAACAUGCUGGAGAUACUGACACAAAAAUAAGAACCAGCACAAGAAAAUACAAUACUUCCAAAGCCAAAUGGUCAAGCUUUAAUAAAAGUCUUGCUGACAAACUAAGCCAGAAGGAAAUAACAACCUCCAGCAUAUAUGGUCUAACCACUGCGCUUGAUUUAGAUAAAAUGGUAGAGGACUAUGUAGCAUGCAUCAGCGAGGCUUGUGAUGAAAGUAUCCCAAAGAUAUCUCCGACAGUACAUCCUAAGAGGACAGAAUGGUGGACGCAAGAACUGAGCCUGAAAAAACGAGAAAUGAUCCGAAAGCGAAACCGAAUCCGUAACUCAAAUCCCACAAGGAAGCAAUUUGUGAUCAAUGAAUACCUCGAAGAGCUAAGGAGCUACAAGGAGCUAUUAACCCAAACCAUCACAGCCAGCUGGAAGGCUUUCUGCCAAAAGCAAGAGAGAGAGUCGGUAUGGGACGGGAUCUACAGAGUACUUCGAAAAACUUCCAGCAAUACAGGCGAUAAGCUCUUGAGAUCUCCAGACAGUCGAGACAUAUUAACGGCGUUGGAGUCAGCAUCACUACUAGCAACAACCUUCUAUCCUCAAGAUGACAAUACCUCAGACUCUCAGAAACAGAGUUAG